GCUCAAAACACUUCCCUAUAAGCAGCUUCAUGAAUGUCGGAGGUAGAAGGUUUUUGGCGGCUGCGGCAGUACCUACCGUUUUCCAACCAAGUUUUAAUGAACCCUACGCAACGGUUCCAGUUGACGAGCAUAGUCCGCAAUCCCACGAAAUGCAAGAGAUAGCGCAAUCGAUAACCGUUAACACUGAAACAGAUUUUCUGGGAGCCCACAGCCGAGUUGCUCAAAAUUGCGUUACUGAACAUAAACCAGCAGAUUGUGAACAACAGUUCCCAGACUGUAUCGACCGUCCGACAUCUUACAUGGCAAACCCUAUGAUCGUCGAGGAUAUUCAACUAACGUAUGCAAGUCAAGAUAAUAUUACUGAUGAGGCGCACCAAGGUGUAAACUGGAUAUCUUAUUUUCCGGACAGUGCGGAGCGGAACUGUUACACGAAUUAUCCCAGUACGAACCAUAAUUCUAAAAUGAAGAACGAAUUUUUUGGCGAUCAUCUGCAUCCAGAUUCAAUAAAUUAUGUAUAUGAGUAUGCUCAAAAGGAUUGCCGGACUAGAGGGUAAAUGUUGAAUAUGAAAAAAGGAACAAAUUAGAAUAUAUAAUAUAUUUCAGACCAAUGAUACAAAUGAACAUAUGUACGCAAUGCGAUUUGAAUGGCCAUGUAGAUGACAAAGAUGAUACCGAAACCGACAAAGUUUGUGUAGCUUCUGUCAAACAAAAAGUGAUUCGAUACCCCGGUGACAUUAAACGAUCCGACUUUUCUGACCCUGUAAGAUCUGAACAAGCCCACGAAACUAUGAAAAAACAUCUUAAACGAUCGAAUACCCGUAAUCAUCAGUUAAUAGUAAAACUGGCAAGAGUAAAUGCG